AUGGUGGCAAACAAGUCAUUGAUCUUCAAGAAGGUCCACGAGACACCCACGGUAGCGGGACAGGAUAUCGCUGUGGAGAGCAGAGACUUUGAUCUUGACCAGGAAUUGCUGGGGGGUUCCAUCUUGGUACAAGUUCUGUAUGUCUCAUUCGACCCGUACAUGAAGGGUCGCAUGGUUGAGAAGCCGGUCAUGGGCCCUUACAAGCUCAAUGAGCCCAUCCCGAACACAGCCCUCGCCAAAGUCCUUCAAUCCAAAAACGAAGGAUUCCCGCAAGGCGCCAUAGUCAGGGGGGAAUUCCCAAUCAGCCAGUACGCCGUCGCCACCGCCGAGGACUUGCAAGCUGGAUGGGCCCAUCUGAUCGAGAACCCUCUCAACUUACCGCUCGACACAUUCCUUGCUGCCCUGGGGAUGCCCGGACUCGCCGCCUACGCCUCUCUCUACGAGAUAGGCAAGCCCAAAAAAGGCGAGACCUUAUACGUCUCCGCUGCAGCCGGCGCCGUGGGCCAUGUAGUUGGGCAAAUCGCCAAGCGCGAAGGUCUACACGUCAUUGGCUCCGUUGGCGCCGACGAAAAGGUCGACUAUCUCGUCCGUGAGCUCGGCUUCGACGCUGUCUUCAACUACAAGAAGGAGACAGUCGACGAGGGCCUCGCCCGUCUUGCACCUGACGGGAUCGACAUCUUUUACGACAACGUCGGCGGUGAGACGCUAGAUGCGGUUCUACUGAAGAUGAACACGUAUGGACGAAUCAUCGCCUGCGGAGCCAUCAGUCAGUACUCGCGUGUCCAAGGCCCUUACACGGGCUAUGGAGUUACCAAUAUCUUCAACAUCACCGUGAAGCGAGUCACCAUGGCUGGGUACAUCGUGACUGACCCCAACAUUGGUCCCAAGUAUGGCGCGGAGCAUAUGCAGAACGUUUCAAAGUGGAUUCAUGAUGGUAGCUUCACGUCGAAGUCGACUGUCGUGGACGGCGUGGAUCAAGCAGCCGAUGGAUUUGUGGGCCUGUUUUAUGGCAAGAACAUUGGAAAGGCUCUUCUGCUAUGUUUUCAAAAUGCUGUCGCGAGGAGCCCUAGUAAUGCAUUUGCAACGCACGGUCUGGGACAGGUCAAGGGGCCUAUCGAGACAAGGAUUCAGAAAUGGGCGGUCGGGAUAGCCCGUUUGACUUCACUCUAUGGCGGCAGGGACUUUCUCGAUUCGUCUAGUGCAAACCUUAAAGACACCCAAAAAGCCCCCGAAGAGAUGAUCUGUAUAAUCCAACAUGCCGUGCCGAAUCCUUUGCCUCCAUGGCAUGGGCAUCAACAGCCAGAUAUUUGCCUCGCAGACAGAAUCCUUUCGGAGUUUGCUGCCAUCGGACUACGACUUCACAUUUGUCGAUGGUCCGACCACUUAACGCCGACUACUGAGUCGGUGACCGCGGCCCACCGUCACGUCAAGUCCAUCAUGGCUGAAAAGGGCCCUUUUGAUGGAAUCAUGGGGUUCAGCCAGGGCGCUGCAGUCGCGGUGUCGAUGAUCUUGCGCCACCAGCUUGAAACCCCGUCAACACCACCCCUCUUCAAGUUUGCCAUUCUCAUCGGCUCCCCUUUACCCUUCUCACACAGCCUGAUGUAUGGGAUUGACACGCGGGAUUACUUUGGCGUCUCUUGCAAUGUGGACUGUAGCAUCCUUGCUCGGUACAAUCGUCCUAAUAAGGUCCCUACGUAUCUUAUUACCCCAGACAGGUACCUCAAAGAUGACGACGAUGAGGACUUCCACAGAACCGAAGAGGCAUGUCAACAGCCGACCGCAGCCAUGUUCUACCAAAUGUUCCAUUCAACAUCGGAUGAAGUCAGAAUGGACAUUCCUACUGUUCACAUAUUUGGCCGGCGUGAUCCGUGGUACCUUCAUAGUAAAGAUGUGCUAGAGCUGGCUUGUGCUGAACGGGCUUCGGUGUUGGAGCAUUGUUAUGGCCAUGAAGUUCCGCGACACUUGAGUGAAGAAAUUUGCGAUUUGAUUGAGUCGGCGGUUGCCUUAAGUGUCGAGUCUCGCAGCGAUCCUUGA